AUGGAUGCUUUGAGGGAAAUGCCAGGCUAUGCGAAAAUGAUGAAGGAUUUGAUGUCUCGAAAGUUUGACUUCCAGGACCUGUCUACUAUAACUCUAACUCAAACCUGUAGUGCGGUAGUGACAAGACCUAUGGCUAAAAAGUUUUUUGAUCCUAGUAGUUUCACUAUCUCAUGCACAAUUGGAAGUUAUGCUUUUGCUAAAGCAUUGUGUGACUUGGGAGCCAGCAUUAACUUUAUACCUUUGGCAAUCUACACAAAGUUAGGCAUUGGCAGAGCUAGACCAACCUCAGUUUUGUUGCAACUGGAUAAUCGCAUGGUGAAAAGGCCAGUAGGAAUUCUAGAUGAUGUGCUCGUCCAAGUGGGGAAGUUUGUAUUUCCUGCUGAUUUUGUUAUACUUGACUGUCAGGUUGACGAAGAAAUACCCAUAAUUUUGGGAAGGCUAUUUUUAGCCACUAGGAGACCAUUGAUUGACUGUGAUACUGGAGAGUUAAAAAUGAGAGUGAAUAAUGAAGAAAUAAUAUUCAAUAUUUAA